AUGGUGUCCCCGCCUGGCACAUCUGGGCUGCGACUCGUUGUUCUGUCCCUCUGGGUCAUGACGCUCACUGUUCGAGCUCUCCAGGUCCCGUCAACGUGGCUGGACACUACGUCAAACCUCAGUCGCGAGUCGCGGGAGAACCUCGCCCUGAAUGCAGCUACAGCCAUCGGAGUCGACGCAAUCGACCCAUCCUCCGGUCUAUCUCAAUCUAUACCCACGACCCAGUACAUGGCGAACCUCUUCGCCGGACUCGCUCUCCAAGACUACAACCGCGCGAACAACACCUGGACAAAACCCGUGACCCAACUCAUGCAGGACUACUACCGCAAGCAGGGCGUAUACGAUGCCCCGGGAUCCACCGGGCUCGUCGAAGACGGGAACUUCUGGGCGCUGGCGUUCUAUUAUGCAUAUCGGACGUAUCGACAGGAGUUUUUGCUCGAGACGGCGAUAGAGAUCUAUAAUCAUACGAGGGCGACUGCGUUUGUUACGCUGGAUGCGGCUGCUAGUGGCAGUGGCGCGGGGCGGAAUGUCUCGUUUGUGCAGACUGCGAACUGUUCGGACUGGACCUUUGCGGGUGGUGUAUUUGCCAGCAACGCUGUACAGAACAACACCAACGUGUGCGCCAAGUGUGUUGGUCCAUUCUUGGCCUUAUCGGCAUACCUCUUCGAGGCAACGAACGAGACCGUAUACUCCGAGGCGGCGCAACUCUCUGUCGACUUUAUGAUCCAUCAUCUCUGGAACGGCACCAUCGUCUACGAUAUGUUCAACCUGAACACUUGUACCCCGCACCCCAACCCUUUGACCGUGAAUCAGGCUGGGUUCAUCGAAGGCUUGGCGGUAUGGGCAAAUGUAACGAAGAAUGCUACGCUGACGUCACUACUCGAGGAGGUGGUCUCCAGUACUACUACGUUCCCCGUCUGGUCUCUGUCUGGCAGUCCUGUCAUAUCAGGCGAGCAUACUCUGAACCGAUUUGUCCGCUCAACCUCUCAUGAGAGCACAGAAUCGGGAGCACUGAAAAACUGGGCGCCGAAUCUCAAAGGUCUUUUCAUACGGGGACUUGCGGAGGCUCGUAUGCGCAACCCCGGCAGUGUUAUUGCACGAUACGUGGAGGCAUAUGUUACGAUUCAGUUCAAUGCGUUGAUAGACAACGCUCAGGGCGCCGCGCCGGAUGAUAGCUGGUACUCGCCGCAAUGGGCUGGUCCCCGUGCAUCAUCGUACAACUCUGCCGGCAACAUCGCCGCUCUAGAUGUUCUCAACACUGCUUUGACUUUUGUCUCACCUGAAUCCUCGGGCUCUAGUGACGAUCCAGUCAGUACAGAUUCCCACGGAUCAUCUACCCCUACCGGCGCCGUAGCAGGCGGUGUAAUAGGCGGCAUCGCGGCCAUCGCCAUCGCCGUAAUCUUCACCAUGCGACACCAGCGUCGCAAGCGCGCGACCACUCACUCGACAGACGUGCUGGUCACUCCCAACGAAGAUAGAAGCGAUGGCAUUCUCGAGCUCAGCAGCGUCGACCCGUUCGUUCAUACCGCGCCCGCCGCUCAGACUCGCAACAAGUGGCAGGGCGAGACUGUUUAUGGAUAUGUACCGCCGGACAGGGAUCGUGCGCAAGUAUCGCCCGAAGCGACCGAGUCGGAUUUAGGGAGACAAGAGGAGCUUCCACCGGCGUACGAAGUUCGUAAUGCAUAA